AUGCUGUUCACAGGAACAUUUUUUGCUUAUAAUUUUUUUUGUAUGCACUGUUUGCAUAACAAACUUACUAUCAUUUAAUGAAUAAAAAUUUGGAAUAGAAGUAUUUUUCAUGAUAGGGAAAUUCAUAAUAAGGUAUCACCAUUCAACCUCUCCUGCCUUUUCAUUUUAACUUAUUUAUCAAACAAAAAUGGAUACAAUUGAAUAAGAAUUGAGAUAGAUGGUGCAUGUAUUGGUUAAGUAGCCAAUGAGAAGAUUGCUUUCCUAAGGGUAAAUAGCAUUCCACUCCGUUGAUAAUUUGUCUUUUUUCUUUUUUUAUUGAAAACUCACAUUGUUUACAUGACUGUACUUAAGACAGAUUUGCAUGUAAAGUCUGAGAUGCAAGAUAUUAUAUUUUUAAAUAUUGCUCUAAUCAGUGGACAAUCAGAAUGAAAAAGAUAAAAAUAAUUUAUAAACAACCACUCUCAGGCUACUUGGUCCCAGAAAGCAAUCACAAAAAUAAGAAGCUUAUUUGGGUGCAAGCCUGACAAAACACAAGUCAUCAUGAAUAUCACUGAGAAGUAAUAUUCACAGAGAUUGAUGCCCUGGACACCUAUAGUGGGGUGCAAAAACCAGUGCUUUUUAAGAGUGCAAAUGAGGUUUAGCAAGGUUCACAUUUCAGCAGCCAUUCCCACCUAUCUGUACUGCCUUACCCCAGCUCCUUGGUUUCCCCUCAUAUCUAGCAGGAAAAGGAGCUCCCAACACAACAAAAACCUAAUUUUAAGCUUCUCCCUGUGUGCACUGGCACAGAGAAGGCAAUCCAGAGCUGUUAAUGAAGUUAUUAUUUUUACAGACAUCCACACAAUGGAACUUCUAAUUGCCAAGGACAAUUUGAGAGCUUUAAUUAGCUGCCAAAGGAUGACAAGAGUCACGACAUAUGGCUUGUAUUAUUUCACAAUGAGAAUGAAAUAUUUCAAGUCUUGAAAAUUACUACAGUUGACAUUUGGGAAAGUUAAAAAAAAAAAUCCUAGGGCUUUCUUCCAAAACAUAACAUCACACACAUGGUGUAUGGCCAGCAAAACACUCAGGACAGCACUCAGUCACUCAGUUGUGCCUCAGGAUGCAUCUUUGAAUUCCCUCAGUAACCUCUGUACUGCUGUUUAUCAACUGUUUCUGAAUCUGAAACUUUGUCUGGAUUGCCAGGAAGGACAAGGAGUAGCCGUCUCCUCUUCACAUCCGAAUUUUCUGAGAGAUGACUGAAACUCCUCUUCUGAAUAUUCUUUCCUCAAACCAGAGUGAAAAUCAGAGCUGUUUGAGUGAAAAUCAAAACUCAACUGUUUGCCCAGAGUUGGAAGACUGGUGGGACAUCGUGUACUAUAUAGUACCCAAGUACAUCAACACUGUCUGCGUUUUUGGCAUGCUUGGAAAUGUGUUUGUCCUCUUAACUUAUUCACUGCAAAAGGGCCCCCUGAAGAUAGCCGAAAUCUACCUUAUGAACCUAGCUGCUGCUGAUCUCAUCUUCCUCAUGUGCCUCCCUUUCUGGGCAGAGAACAUCAAAAAUGGGUUUAACUGGCCUUUUGGCAGCUUCCUGUGCCGCAGCAUCAGCGCCUCCAUCACCCUGAACAUGUACACCAGCAUCUACGUGCUCGUGGCCGUCAGCGUGGAUCGCUACCUGACUUUUGUCCACACCUUGAACCACAGAGAGAUAUGGAGCAAAACUAUGACCAAGGGGAUCUGCUUGUUCAUCUGGCUCUUUUCCAUCCUUCUCAGCGUCCCAGCUUUCAUGUUCCGGACUGUGAAAGACUUUCCCCAGUGGAAUAUUUCAGCGUGCACUUUGGACUUCCCCACCCCGUGGUGGGAGACAGGUGAAAGCCUGGUGUUCAACGUGGUGGGGUUCCUGCUGCCAUCCACAGCAAUCAUCUUCCUCAAUUUCUCCACCAUUAGGUCCCUACAAAAAACAGCAAUAGAACGAGGAGCACUCAGAGCAAAAGGCUGCAAGAGUCACAAAGGUACAAAGGCAACCAGGUUGAUCUUCAUUGUGGUGCUGGUGUUUCUUUUCUGCUGGACUCCUCACCAUUUUUUUGUAUUCCUUGAUACAUUAUUCCGUACAGAAGUGAUCAAAGGCUGCUUCUGGGAGGAACUGAUCAACUUUGGGGAGCAGUUUGCUUAUAUGCUGGCUACCACCAACAGCUGCAUUAACCCUGUGAUUUAUGUCUUUGUUGGGAAAUACUUCAGGCAAAAGGCUUUACAAGUUUUUUCACGGUUUAUUCCCUGUGGACUUUCUUCGAGAUGGGUAUCUUUCAAAGAAAUGUCUUCAAAUUUCAUCCUCAUUUUUGACAGUUCAAGUCAAAAGUAGUUUAACAUAAUGAUUCUCAGUUCCAUCUUCAUCGUGAUAUUACAACUUGGUUUAUGCCACCAUAAAUGGCAUUAAAAAUAAUAUGAAAACUCUUAUCUGGCCUUCACAGACCAAGCUAAUUAACUAUUAAAGUAAAUCACUUGAUUGAUUGCUUAUUUUUCCUCAGGUUUGCUUUUCUAGUUCUGUGUUAUCCAUCCAAAUGCAUGACAUGUGAUACUAGAAUUUUAUAACAAAUUAUUUAACCUGCCUUACCUCUUAACAGUGGCUUAAAAGAAAGACUUUGUGACAAAAUACCAGAAAUCUGGUUUCUUUGCAGAAAGCCAUAAGCCAGCUGAAUAUUUUGUUGCAUUGUAUCUGUGAUGACAACUACUAUAACAACUAUAACACUAUUCCUAAAAUUACAACAGGUAUUACAGAGCAAACAUGAGUUUAAGCUUUGGCUGAUAAAUGCAUUUGAGUAGGUACAGAAUAACUUUAGUUAUUUUGAACAGUAUUUUAACUGGUUUACAUUUUCACAGUAAGAUAUAGAGAAUUUUAAAUUUUUGUGCACUUUAAUUAUAUGCAGUGCAUAACUAUUGUACAAGAUAAUGUAACACAAAGAUAGUGUACGUAAAUCGUAAAAAAAAUAAAAGGCAAGGUAACACAGUAGCCUCCUCAAAACCUGACUUUUGCUGACCCAGUAAGCUAUUACAAAAUUGUUCAUUGAGUACUGUAAAGUUCCUUUUUUAUUUUUCAUAUGUAUGUGAAUAUAUCUAUGAUGGCCAUGAUACUGUAUUAUUUUCAGGCAAAUCCUUAGAUAUAUAUUUAUAUUUUUAUGAAUCAAAAUUGAUAAACUAUGUAACAUUUUACUUCAUAGUCUUGUUCUCUCUUAUAUUUAUUUUUAUAUUUUGUCUCUUUUCCCCUAUUAUUUUGAGGAAGAGCAAAUAUAUAAUUCUCUGAUUAAAAAUCCUCGUUGCUACUAGAACACAAACUCUGGUAGUAGAAGAAAACUUCUUUUACACCACAGCCACAAUGGCAGAGUAGAUGUAAGGCAAGUGAUAUUUGUUUCCAUAACUCUUAAAUUAUGGAAGAAGAUGCUGCAGCCUCUUCAGCCAAAAAGAUAUUGGUGCAGAAGAGAUCAUGCAGACACUUCAUUUGUGUAACAAUUCAUUUAACUACUCAUUGUAAAGCCUGCUCAGUCUUGUACUCACUGUAACAGCACUGCAUUUUAUGUGCUUCUUUUUAGCAUUUUCAUUUUGAAUAUGUAAUUAAUCUCUUAUCUGGUUAUAGAAAUCUGUAUAUUCAGCUUCAUCGCAAUAAGAUUAGUGUUAAUUUUGAAUGGUUCUUUCAAACUAUUUGAAUCUGAACAGUGAAAACCUUUUGAAGACUUAAAACUCUGUCUUCCUGCAGUGGUGGUUUAAGAAUUAAGGGUGGAUUAAGGGAUCAGGGAGGAAGAAUCUCUCAUAGGUUUACUACUUCCACUCCUUCUGUCACAGAUGUUUUUAAAAUAAAUAUCAGGCUUAAGCACUAGCAGUAACAACAACAUGUGAAGUCCCCUGACUCAUCUGAAAUCAAAUUCCUUAUUCCCAUCUAUUGUAAACUGUUGAGCAGUGCAUCUAUUUAAUACAUCUCCAGCUUAAUCUUUAAUUCCAAAAACUUCCAAGCAGCGAUAUUUUCUGGGGAAAAGGAAAAGGAAAAGGAAAAGGAAAAGGAAAAGGAAAAGGAAAAGGAAAAGGAAAAGGAAAAGGAAAAGGAAAAGGAAAAGGAAAAGGAAAAGGAAAAGGAAAAGGAAAAGGAAAAGGAAAAGGAAAAGGAAAAGGAAAAGGAAAAGGAAAAGGAAAAGAAGGAAAAGGCUGAAAUAAUUAAAAGGGUGCAGAAACAGAAGUUUCAUUUUCCCACUACAGAGGAAUACCUUUAAAGGGAAAAAUGUCUUCUCUAACUAUCAUAUGUCCAUGUUUUGCAAUGUAUACAGAUAAAGGGACAAACACUUCUUGCAUGUGGUGGCAUAUUUAGGCUAUGAGAUAAUGGAGUGAAAACCUCCUGUUUCCAUCCAUGAGCAAGUGAGCAAAGGAUUUCAUGAAAGUGCUGCUUUUUUAAUAUAUGCUCAACUGUCAGGAAAAACAUCUGUGUUUUAAAUACUGCUUUAAACCACUUAACAGGUUAAUCAAUGGAUUUGCUCUUCAGUAUGAAUGUCUGUAAAUGUGUGCAUUUCUGACUGUGUCAGUGGCCACCUUUUGGUGUGGUGCUGCGCUGCCCUCACCUCACAGAGCUGUGCCCAGGAAGGUUCUGGUGACAGCCAUGGUGAUGCCCCUGGGCUGGCACGUGGCCAGGGCACUGCUGCUCUUACUGUGCUGCUGUGCUGAACAGGCUGGAAGGUGAUCUCCAGUUGAAGGGAUGUGGGUGAGCCCAGGAUGGAGCAGAGAUUCACCCACAUCCCAGGUGGAUGCCUGAAGAAUGUGGCAUGGCAUGACCAUGUGAGAAGCCUCUGCUGGAGUAGGUUUUAUGGCAGGACCUGUGACCUCAUGGGGGACCCACACUGGAGUAAUUGAUGAAAACCUGCAGCCCUUGAGUAGGACCCACAGUGGAGAAGUUCAAGGAGGACUGUCUCCUUUGGGUGGGAACCUGUGCCAGAGCAGGGAAAGCAGAGACUCCCCUCCAGCCCAUGGUGUAGACCAUGGUGAAGCAGUGUGCCCCUGCAGCCCAUGGAGGAGGACAGUGAUGCAGACUGUACUAAUGGUGGACUUCAGGGGGAACUCCUUGUGGCAGCCAGGAUGGACAAGAGGAGGAGCUCCUUGCAAUGUUAAACCAGACAACACCAUCCAGAAAGGGCCAAGGGUGGAGACUGUAAAGGAUGUGCCUUUAAAUUGUUGUAAGCCGUGAUUUGAAUUGCACAUUCCAGGAACGAGUACAGCAGAAACCAUCUAUAUCAAAAAAGGAGAGGCCUUACAAGAAGAAGUUUAAGUGCAUCAGUGACUAGAUCUGAACUGGGUUUUGGUGCCCAGUAACUCCAAGAAACACAACACCACUCCUGUACUGAGUGACCACCAGAACAGAUGGAGUCAUGGACUAGAUGAACUGAAUGGAUGUUUUGUAAACAUUUGUGGACAUUUUAUGAGUAUUUUCUAGGGGUGAUCCAUUGACUAAAGAAAUUACUUCUGUGCAUUAUGUCAAGGGAUGGGAAGAAGGGUGGUGGUUAAUGAAGUUGUAUCAAAUAGGAGGACCUGGACAUGGUGAAAAGGGUAUGGAAUAAGUGAUGGAAUGUGCUGGUUUGGGCUGGGGUAGAAUUAAUCCACUUCACAGUGCCUGGCAUAGAGCUGUGUUUUGGAUUUGUGCUGAACACAGAAUUAAUAAUAUGGAGACGUUUUUGUUAUUGCUGAGCAGGGUUUACACAGAGCCAAGGCCUUUCCUGCUUUUUGUGCUGCCACACUGAGAGAAGACUGGUAAGUGGAAGGGAACACAGCCAGGAUAGGUGACCCAAAGUGACGAAAGGGAUAUUCCAGACCAUAUGACAUCAUGUAUAUAAAAAUGGGAGGAAGAAGGAAGCAAAAGGAGGAAGGAGGAGGAAGGAGGAAGAAGGAGGGGGCACUUGGAGUGAUGGCAUCUGUCUUGCCAAGUGUCUAUUAUGUGUGAUGGGGCCGUGCUCUCCUCGAGGUGGCUGAACACCUGCCUGCCCAUGAGAAGCAGUGAAUUUAUUCCUUAUUUUGCUUUGUUAAUGUGUGUGGCUUUUGAUUUCCCCAUUAAAUUGUCUUUAUCAGUUU